UCUGCUCCUCCAUACCUCUGUUGCUCAGUUGUUCAGUCUGUGAAUAUAUCCCACUUAUCAACCCAUUCCCUCCCCCGUCCCUCCCUAGCUCUUCUACAUACACUUAACACACACUCUCUGCUUUUUUUUUCCUGAUACCUUGGGGGGGCAGUUUCCAAGAUUGUUAGAAUCAAUGUAUGUGGACAUGAUGAAAUCAUCAUCAGGAGAGGAACAUAUGGAUAUGAUGACAAUGAUGAUGCAGAUGGAAAAGCUUCCUGAUUUUUGCAGCGAGCCUUUUUACAACACUACUAACACUUCAACACGACUACAAGAAAUCCAAUUCUCCAACGGGAAUCCUACAGCUAAUACUGUAGCUUCGCCACCUAUCUGGCAUAAUCCACAUGCAUCUUCACCACCACUGAUAAAUCCACCUUGCUCCAUGCCAUUUAUGGGCACUCCAAUCCAAGAACCAGUGACACCAUCUCUUCAACACGACAUGAUGACCAAAAAAUUCGAAUAUGAUACUCCAUUCUCAAAUGCAAACUCUUUCUUAUCUUCAAUAGAGAAGAAAAACUCAACUACAACAAUUAGAGAGAUGAUCUUUCGCAUAGCAGCAAUGCAACCAGCACAUAUAGACCCGGAAUCGGUAAAGCCUCCAAAAAGAAGGAAUGUAAAGAUAUCUAAGGAUCCACAAAGUGUAGCUGCGAGGCAUAGAAGGGAAAGAAUAAGUGAGAGGAUAAGGAUUCUCCAGAGAUUAGUUCCAGGAGGCACCAAAAUGGACACGGCUUCUAUGUUAGAUGAGGCUAUACAUUAUGUGAAAUUCUUGAAGAUGCAAGUGCAAUCUUUAGAACAAACUGGUGCUAAUAGGCCAAUGGGUGGUUUUGGCAUCACCGGAGUUACAAUGCCUAGUGUUGGUUAUUCUUCUUUGGUAAAGAAUUUCGACCCUGCUGCUAAUACGGAGGGCACAAUGCAGAUGCUUAGAUGAGAGCUAGGAUUAGCUGGGCAAUUGUCUUUUUUCUGUACAAGUCAAUAAUACU